AUGGGCCACCACUCUACAACAACCGAUAUUACCGAUACCCCAUCCUACAAAUCAGAAAUGUCCAUUUUGGAUGGUUUUCUAGUCACUACCGGUAGUGAUGACCAGACCAAUGCCUUGACUGCAACUGACAAUUCCACGCUUUCCACUUCUAUUGUUAGCUCUUCUUCCAGCGACGCCAGCUCUUCUCAAGAUACUUCCAGUGCCUCAGGUAUGGCCGCCCAACAAGGAUUUCAAAUGAUUGGUGCCGGUGCUAUGAUGGUUGGUGUCGGCUUGGUGUUGUUGUGA